CGCAGCUCCCCGGCCUGCAGCGCCCGGCCCCUGCGCCCUCGCUCCGCGCCCGACUCUGGCUCGCCCCGCCGUAGCAUGUCUGCACUCCGCAGGAAAUUUGGGGACGACUACCAGGUGGUGACCACGUCGUCCAGCGGCUCGGGCGCGCAGCCCCAGGGCCCGGGCCAGGGCGCGCAGCAGCAGCUCGUGCCCAAGAAGAAGCGGCAGCGCUUCGUGGACAAGAACGGCCGCUGCAAUGUGCAGCACGGCAACCUGGGCAGCGAGACCAGCCGCUACCUGUCCGACCUCUUCACCACGCUGGUGGACCUCAAGUGGCGCUGGAACCUCUUCAUCUUCAUCCUCACCUACACCGUGGCCUGGCUCUUCAUGGCGUCCAUGUGGUGGCUGAUCGCCUACACCCGCGGAGACCUGAACAAAGCCCACGUCGGCAACUACACGCCCUGCGUGGCCAACGUCUACAACUUCCCGUCCGCCUUCCUCUUCUUCAUCGAGACGGAGGCCACCAUCGGCUACGGCUACCGCUACAUCACCGACAAGUGCCCCGAGGGCAUCAUCCUCUUCCUCUUCCAGUCCAUCCUGGGCUCCAUCGUGGACGCCUUCCUCAUCGGCUGCAUGUUCAUCAAGAUGUCCCAGCCCAAGAAGCGCGCCGAGACGCUCAUGUUCAGCGAGCACGCGGUGAUCUCCAUGAGGGACGGCAAGCUCACGCUCAUGUUCCGGGUGGGCAACCUGCGCAACAGCCACAUGGUGUCGGCGCAGAUCCGCUGCAAGCUGCUCAAGUCUCGGCAGACACCUGAGGGUGAGUUCCUUCCCCUUGACCAACUUGAACUGGAUGUAGGUUUUAGCACAGGGGCAGAUCAACUUUUUCUUGUUUCCCCCCUCACAAUCUGCCACGUGAUCGAUGCCAAAAGCCCCUUUUAUGACCUGUCCCAGCGAAGUAUGCAGACUGAACAGUUCGAGAUUGUCGUCAUCCUAGAAGGCAUUGUGGAGACAACUGGGAUGACUUGUCAAGCUCGAACAUCAUACACUGAAGAUGAAGUCCUUUGGGGUCAUCGUUUUUUCCCUGUAAUUUCUUUAGAAGAAGGAUUCUUUAAAGUUGAUUACUCUCAGUUCCAUGCAACAUUUGAAGUCCCCACCCCACCUUACAGUGUGAAAGAGCAAGAAGAAAUGCUUCUCAUGUCAUCCCCUUUAAUAGCGCCAGCCAUAACUAAUAGCAAAGAAAGGCACAAUUCUGUGGAGUGCUUAGAUGGACUAGACGACAUUAGUACAAAACUUCCAUCAAAGCUUCAGAAAAUUACUGGAAGAGAAGACUUUCCCAAAAAACUCUUGAGGAUGAGUUCUACAACUUCAGAAAAAGCCUACAGCUUGGGAGAUUUGCCUAUGAAACUUCAACGAAUAAGUUCAGUUCCUGGAAACUCAGAAGAAAAACUGGUAUCUAAAACCACCAAGAUGUUAUCUGAUCCCAUGAGUCAGUCUGUGGCUGAUUUGCCACCAAAGCUUCAAAAGAUGGCUGGAGGAGCAGCCAGGAUGGAAGGGAAUCUUCCAGCCAAAUUAAGAAAAAUGAACUCUGACCGCUUCACAUAACCAAACACCUCCUUAGGCAUUAUUUAAUGUUUUGAUUUAGGUAUAGUCCAAUAUUUGGCUGAUGAGAUAAUCCUCCCUGCAAAAGUUUGGAAGUUUCAUUUCCCCCAGUUCCAUAAUUGUAUUUGAGAACUCUCCAUCCCCAAGUAUUGCAACUGUGCAGAAAAGAACAGCUAAGAAGGGAGGACAUCAUGAGGAAGUUAUUACUGGGCAUGUAUUAUCACAUCAAGCAUGCAAUAAUGUGCAAAUUUUGCAUUUAGUUUUAUGGCAUGGUUUAUAUAUGGCAUAUUUAUAUUGUACAUUCUGGAAAUAUAUAUAUAUAUAAAUAUAUAUUUAAAGGAGAGGUACUCUCCCUAUCAUUUCUAAAACAUGUAUUAAGCCAAACAUGAGUGGAUAGCUUUCAGGGUGAUAAAACUACACACACACACACACACACACACACACACACACACACUUCUAUAUACAUGCACAUACAUAUAUAUCUGAUACAAUUGUGAUGUUUUGUUCAAAACUGUAGUUCUUGUGCAUGUUUACUUUAUUAGACUAGAAAGGCUACUGGCAUUAAUUAUUGAUACCAAAUAUUUUAGCCUUAAAUUAUUUGUCAUUUUAAAAUCUGAUUUAAUGUUUUUUGCUGUUUAAGGUCAUAGGGGGUUUUUAAUUGUACUUUAUCAUGAGAAAGUCAUACAAGUUUAUGCUAUUUGUGGCCUUCCAAAACUAUAAUCAUGUAUUUAGAUUGUUAAUUUUUGAACACUCCAGUACAUGAUAUACCAUUCAAAUUUCUCAUGAUUUUUCAAAAUUGCUAGAACUGGAGAUAAAUAAAUGUUGAUUAAUUUAAGAAUGUGCCCAUUCCUGGACUACUUAAAAUCUCUAAAAAUGUUAUGAAAUGACCUAACACAAAUAUGUGCUCUGAACAAAUAUUCAAUUAUUCUGAAAGCAAGUAGCCAGGUUAUAUUUGAAUAUACCAGAAUCUGUGAAAUUGCGUAGUUAAUGGCCUCUACUUCAAACUGAAUCAAUUGGAAACAUAUUUACUCUUCUUCUGAUACUUUUGUUCAUUAAAAAACCAAAAUAUAUCGUUAAAGACACAUGACAAUACAAUGAAGCGGAUGAUAAAUACUUAUGCUCAAAAUAUGUAUGUCUACUUGAGUCUUUUUUAUGCUGUUCUCUUGUUUAUGGCAUUUGUUGUAAGAGGAUAGACUUUUUCUUCACCUGGGGAUUCCAUCCAAGGCCUGUCAUUCACAGUUAAGGAGGAAUGUUUCAACAGACCUGAGAGAAAUUAAAAUGAAAUGAGUUGAAAAUAUAUUAAACAAUUUUUGUUGAACACUGAUUUUUCUAAGCUCACUAUCUAAUAAUAUUCAUAACUCACUAGUAGGAACCAAAACUGUUGGCCAGUAGAAAAAGUUUUGGAAUGCAGAGACUUUCAUGAAAAUGUAGAAGGGCUUCUCAUCAACAUACUAUAACUUUUCAUGUGGAACUUCUUUGGGCAUUGCAAUGUAAGUCUGUCCAGAAUUAAUCCAGUUCUCACUGAUAUAUACACCACUAAUGGAUGGUUUUGGGUACCAUCAUUUCCUAUUUUUAGCAACCUAAUAAUAAUUUUAUUAUUGGCAAAUUAUUACAUCAACAAUUCCAUCAUUAACUAUAAUAAUAUCUUCUGGCUACCUCUGUAUCAACCAAAUUCUGUAGGUGCAAACAUAUACCAGGGAAUUAUUACUGGCAAAAUGAUCGACCUUGAGCAUUCAUCCACUGUGAAUAGAGUGGUUGUCCUAUCCCUUGAUCAAGUUUUCUUAUUUCCUGGUUGUAGGAAAUAGAGAAAGAGGGACGAAGGGCAUGGUGUAUGUAUUAGCAGUGGAAGAAACUGCAUAGAUCAUUUAGUCCAACACCUUAAGACUAAGCAGAGCCAUAAUUCACUUUGGAGAGUCAUUGCAAAUUGUUCUUGGUAUCAAAAAGAAGAACCAAAACCAAACUCUCUGAAUGUAUUCAUUCAUUCAACAAAAUCUUUGCAUGCCUUCUAUGUCCUAGGCAUUAUUCAGUUCCUGGAGAUUUGAGCAUGACCAGUUCCCAGGAGCUAAUUCUUCAUGGACAGUGCAUACCAGUGGGAGAGUAGGGAAGAGACAGACCAAACACAAGACACGCAAUCAGACAGUCAAAAUAUCAGUUAAAUGAAAAGAAGGGAACAUAAUAGGAAAUGUAGAAUAAGGAUCAAUUAUUUUAGAAGAGGUAACUACCUAAAGGAAGUGGGCAAUAUUUGAACAGAGACAUGAAAAUGAAAAGAGCUACUUUUGCCAAAAUUAAUUAAUGCAAGUGAAUGAUUAUUGUUUUAUCUUUUUCCACAUAUGUGUGGGAAAGGUAUGAUUUCUGCAUGUAAUUGCAGUUUAACCCCUAGGUUUCACUCCACCCAGGAAAAUUCCAGUUUAUGUCUGUUGUACUUGUGUAAUUAGUAGCACUCCUUUCACUAUUAUAUUGUCUUGGUUUGGAUGAUAUAUGGUAAAGUUUAUGUUCAGACUAACUAAAUUAUAAAGUAUGAUAUAUUUGGAUAAAAAUAAAGAAUUGCUUUUCUUCUUCCUUUGCUGAUUUUUUUGACACAGAUAAUUCCAGGCUAAAUCACCUGAUUCAUAUAUUUCAGCCUGAAGGAUUUCUUAUUGAAGUGAUUUUGUGUAACAUUUGUUUAGUCUGUAUAUGACCUGUCCCAGCAGUGAAGUUACACAUUUCACUGAAUGAAUAAAAAAUAAACGUCAGUAUUUUCCUUUCAGGAUGUUGUAAGAGCUUACAUCACAGAGAGUAGAAGUCAAUUUAAGUCAAGAUAAUUUUUAGUCCACCAGUGUUAUGGCUUGUGAAAAAGAAACCAUAAUGUGCUCAUCAAACUGUGUAAUUCUACUUAGCAACUGGAAAAUAGACCCUUUUUAUAAUAUUUUCAUGAGAUAGCUCUUGUUACAGUAAAACAUUUCAUUCUAUUUAUCAAAAUAUUGUAAAUAAAAGAAAUAUAAUUAUUUUGAUAAUGUUUAUCUUCAAUUUAAAUAUUUAUUCUUUUCAGCAAUAUGGGAGUACACUUUGUAAAUAUAUACCAAAUGAAAAAUAAGAAUAUUUUAUCAUUAAUUGUUUCUGAAAAAAUUCAUAUGCUGUUUUAAAUUCAUCUACCUAUAGAUUUAAAUACUAGGAAAAGUAUUCAAUUGUCUUGGCAUUUGAAAGCCUUUCUUUUUGUCUUGACAGGACGGUUUCACAUAAUGUAUUGUUUCUAUUGGUGGGAGACUGAGGUCAUGGAGAAGUUAACUUACAUUUUAUGCAUAUUUUGAAACCUUUGGCCAGUCCUUACUAUGAAGAGGGUCAGCAUGUCUAUGAACUCAACUUCAGAAUUUACGCUUGAAUUACAUUGUACAUAUUCAAAUUAGUACCAAACUAAUUGUACUUUCUGGCAUGCAGUAUAUAAUUAUUGAAAUGUACCAGAUUAUUUAAGUUACAAAAUAUAAACUCAUAUUCAGCACUGCAAGUUCAGUUUUAUAAAAAUCUAUAUUAAACUUUUGAAACAUGA